AUGGGUGAGAUGGGCAAGAUGGGUGAGAUGGGCAGGAUGGGUGAGAUGGGCGGGAUGGGUGAGAUGGGCAAGAUGGGUGAGAUGGGCGGGAUGGGUGAGAUGGGCAAGAUGGGUGAGAUGGGCGGGAUGGGUGAGAUGGGCGGGAUGGGUGAGAUGGGCGGGAUGGGUGAGAUGGGCAAGAUGGGUGAGAUGGGCAGGAUGGGUGAGAUGGGCGGGAUGGGUGAGAUGGGCAAGAUGGGUGAGAUGGGCGGGAUGGGUGAGAUGGGCGGGAUGGGUGAGAUGGGCGGGAUGGGUGAGAUGGGCGGGAUGGGUGAGAUGGGCGGGAUGGGUGAGAUGGGCGGGAUGGGUGAGAUGGGCAAGAUGGGUGAGAUGGGCGGGAUGGGUGAGAUGGGCAAGAUGGGUGAGAUGGGCGGGAUGGGUGAGAUGGGCGGGAUGGGUGAGAUGGGCGGGAUGGGUGAGAUGGGCAAGAUGGGUGAGAUGGGCAGGAUGGGUGAGAUGGGCGGGAUGGGUGAGAUGGGCAAGAUGGGUGAGAUGGGCGGGAUGGGUGAGAUGGGCAGGAUGGGUGAGAUGGGCGGGAUGGGUGAGAUGGGCAAGAUGGGUGAGAUGGGCGGGAUGGGUGAGAUGGGCGGGAUGGGUGAGAUGGGCGGGAUGGGUGAGAUGGGCGGGAUGGGUGAGAUGGGCAAGAUGGGUGAGAUGGGCAGGAUGGGUGAGAUGGGCGGGAUGGGUGAGAUGGGCAAGAUGGGUGAGAUGGGCGGGAUGGGUGAGAUGGGCAGGAUGGGUGAGAUGGGCGGGAUGGGUGAGAUGGGCAAGAUGGGUGAGAUGGGCGGGAUGGGUGAGAUGGGCGGGAUGGGUGAGAUGGGCAAGAUGGGUGAGAUAGGCGGGAUGGGUGAGAUGGGCGGGAUGUGUGAGAUGGGCGGGAUGGGUGAGAUGGGCGGGAUGGGUGAGAUGGGCAAGAUGGGUGAGAUGGGCAGGAUGGGUGAGAUGGGCGGGAUGGGUGAGAUGGGCAAGAUGGGUGAGAUGGGCGGGAUGGGUGAGAUGGGCGGGAUGGGUGAGAUGGGCAAGAUGGGUGAGAUGGGCGGGAUGGGUGAGAUGGGCGGGAUGGGUGAGAUGGGCAAGAUAGGUGAGAUGGGCGGGAUGGGUGAGAUGGGCGGGAUGGGUGAGAUGGGCGGGAUGGGUGAGAUGGGCGGGAUGGGUGAGAUGGGCGGGAUGGGUGAGCUGGGCAAGAUGGGUGAGCUGGGCGGGAUGGGUGAGAUGGGCGGGAUGGGUGAGAUGGGCAAGAUGGGUGAGAUGGGCGGGAUGGGUGAGAUGGGCGGGAUGGGUGAGAUGGGCGGGAUGGGUGAGAUGGGCGGGAUGGGUGAGAUGGGCAAGAUGGGUGAGAUGGGCAGGAUGGGUGAGAUGGGCGGGAUGGGUGAGAUGGGCAAGAUGGGUGAGAUGGGCGGGAUGGGUGAGAUGGGCAGGAUGGGUGAGAUGGGCGGGAUGGGUGAGAUAGGCGGGAUGGGUGAGAUGGGCGGGAUGGGUGAGAUGGGCGGGAUGGGUGAGAUGGGCAAGAUGGGUGAGAUGGGCGGGAUGGGUGAGAUGGGCGGGAUGGGUGAGAUGGGCGGGAUGGGUGAGAUGGGCGGGAUGGGUGAGAUGGGCAGGAUGGGUGAGAUGGGCGGGAUGGGUGAGAUGGGCAAGAUGGGUGAGAUGGGCGGGAUGGGUGAGAUGGGCAAGAUGGGUCAGAUGGGCGGGAUGGGUGAGAUGGGCGGGAUGGGUGAGAUGGGCAAGAUGGGUGAGAUGGGCGGGAUGGGUGAGAUGGGCGGGAUGGGUGAGAUGGGCGGGAUGGGUGAGAUGGGCGGGAUGGGUGAGAUGGGCGGGAUGGGUGAGAUGGGCAGGAUGGGUGAGAUGGGCGGGAUGGGUGAGAUGGGCGGGAUGGGUGAGAUGGGCAAGAUGGGUGAGAUGGGCAGGAUGGGUGAGAUGGGCGGGAUGGGUGAGAUGGGCAAGAUGGGUGAGAUGGGCGGGAUGGGUGAGAUGGGCAAGAUGGGUGAGAUGGGCGGAAUGGGUGAGACGGGCAAGAUGGGUGAGAUGGGCAAGAUGGGUGAGAUGGGCAGGAUGGGUGAGAUGGGCGGGAUGGGUGAGAUGGGCAAGAUGGGUGAGAUGGGCGGGAUGGGUGAGAUGGGCAAGAUGGGUGAGAUGGGCAGGAUGGGUGAGAUGGGCGGGAUGGGUGAGAUGGGCAAGAUGGGUGAGCUGGGCGGGAUGGGUGAGAUGGGCGGGAUGGGUGAGAUGGGCAAGAUGGGUGAGAUGGGCGGGAUGGGUGAGAUGGGCGGGAUGGGUGAGAUGGGCGGGAUGGGUGAGAUGGGCGGGAUGGGUGAGAUGGGCAAGAUGGGUGAGAUGGGCAGGAUGGGUGAGAUGGGCGGGAUGGGUGAGAUGGGCAAGAUGGGUGAGAUGGGCGGGAUGGGUGAGAUGGGCAGGAUGGGUGAGAUGGGCGGGAUGGGUGAGAUGGGCAAGAUGGGUGAGAUGGGCGGGAUGGGUGAGAUGGGCGGGAUGGGUGAGAUGGGCAAGAUGGGUGAGAUGGGCGGGAUGGGUGAGAUGGGCAAGAUGGGUGAGAUGGGCAGGAUGGGUGAGAUGGGCGGGAUGGGUGAGAUGGGCAAGAUGGGUGAGAUGGGCGGGAUGGGUGAGAUGGGCGGGAUGGGUGAGAUGGGCAAGAUGGGUGAGAUGGGCAGGAUGGGUGAGAUGGGCGGGAUGGGUGAGAUGGGCGGGAUGGGUGAGAUGGGCGGGAUGGGUGAGAUGGGCAAGAUGGGUGAGAUGGGCAGGAUGGGUGAGAUGGGCGGGAUGGGUGAGAUGGGCAAGAUGGGUGAGCUGGGCGGGAUGGGUGAGAUGGGCAAGAUGGGUGAGAUGGGCAGGAUGGGUGAGAUGGGCGGGAUGGGUGAGAUGGGCAAGAUGGGUGAGAUGGGCGGGAUGGGUGAGAUGGGCGGGAUGGGUGAGAUGGGCAAGAUGGGUGAGAUGGGCAGGAUGGGUGAGAUGGGCGGGAUGGGUGAGAUGGGCGGGAUGGGUGAGAUGGGCGGGAUGGGUGAGAUGGGCAAGAUGGGUGAGAUGGGCAGGAUGGGUGAGAUGGGCGGGAUGGGUGAGAUGGGCGGGAUGGGUGAGAUGGGCAAGAUGGGUGAGAUGGGCAGGAUGGGUGAGAUGGGCGGGAUGGGUGAGAUGGGCAAGAUGGGUGAGAUGGGCGGGAUGGGUGAGAUGGGCAAGAUGGGUGAGAUGGGCAAGAUGGGUGAGAUGGGCAGGAUGGGUGAGAUGGGCGGGAUGGGUGAGAUGGGCAAGAUGGGUGAGAUGGGCGGGAUGGGUGAGAUGGGCAAGAUGGGUGAGAUGGGCAGGAUGGGUGAGAUGGGCGGGAUGGGUGAGAUGGGCAAGAUGGGUGAGCUGGGCGGGAUGGGUGAGAUGGGCGGGAUGGGUGAGAUGGGCAAGAUGGGUGAGAUGGGCGGGAUGGGUGAGAUGGGCGGGAUGGGUGAGAUGGGCGGGAUGGGUGAGAUGGGCGGGAUGGGUGAGAUGGGCAAGAUGGGUGAGAUGGGCAGGAUGGGUGAGAUGGGCGGGAUGGGUGAGAUGGGCAAGAUGGGUGAGAUGGGCGGGAUGGGUGAGAUGGGCAGGAUGGGUGAGAUGGGCGGGAUGGGUGAGAUGGGCAAGAUGGGUGAGAUGGGCGGGAUGGGUGAGAUGGGCGGGAUGGGUGAGAUGGGCAAGAUGGGUGAGAUGGGCGGGAUGGGUGAGAUGGGCGGGAUGUGUGAGAUGGGUGGGAUGGGUGAGAUGGGCGGGAUGGGUGAGAUGGGCAAGAUGGGUGAGAUGGGCAGGAUGGGUGAGAUGGGCGGGAUGGGUGAGAUGGGCAAGAUGGGUGAGAUGGGCGGGAUGGGUGAGAUGGGCGGGAUGGGUGAGAUGGGCAAGAUGGGUGAGAUGGGCGGGAUGGGUGAGAUGGGCGGGAUGGGUGAGAUGGGCAAGAUGGGUGAGAUGGGCGGGAUGGGUGAGAUGGGCGGGAUGGGUGAGAUGGGCGGGAUGGGUGAGAUGGGCGGGAUGGGUGAGAUGGGCAAGAUGGGUGAGAUGGGCAGGAUGGGUGAGAUGGGCGGGAUGGGUGAGAUGGGCAAGAUGGGUGAGAUGGGCGGGAUGGGUGAGAUGGGCAAGAUGGGUGAGAUGGGCGGGAUGGGUGAGAUGGGCGGGAUGGGUGAGAUGGGCGGGAUGGGUGAGAUGGGCAAGAUGGGUGAGAUGGGCAGGAUGGGUGAGAUGGGCGGGAUGGGUGAGAUGGGCAAGAUGGGUGAGAUGGGCGGGAUGGGUGAGAUGGGCAGGAUGGGUGAGAUGGGCGGGAUGGGUGAGAUGGGCAAGAUGGGUGAGAUGGGCGGGAUGGGUGAGAUGGGCGGGAUGGGUGAGAUGGGCAAGAUGGGUGAGAUGGGCGGGAUGGGUGAGAUGGGCGGGAUGUGUGAGAUGGGCGGGAUGGGUGAGAUGGGCGGGAUGGGUGAGAUGGGCAAGAUGGGUGAGAUGGGCAGGAUGGGUGAGAUGGGCGGGAUGGGUGAGAUGGGCAAGAUGGGUGAGAUGGGCGGGAUGGGUGAGAUGGGCGGGAUGGGUGAGAUGGGCGGGAUGGGUGAGAUGGGCGGGAUGGGUGAGAUGGGCGGGAUGGGUGAGCUGGGCAAGAUGGGUGAGCUGGGCGGGAUGGGUGAGAUGGGCGGGAUGGGUGAGAUGGGCAAGAUGGGUGAGAUGGGCGGGAUGGGUGAGAUGGGCGGGAUGGGUGAGAUGGGCGGGAUGGGUGAGAUGGGCGGGAUGGGUGAGAUGGGCAAGAUGGGUGAGAUGGGCAGGAUGGGUGAGAUGGGCGGGAUGGGUGAGAUGGGCAAGAUGGGUGAGAUGGGCGGGAUGGGUGAGAUGGGCAGGAUGGGUGAGAUGGGCGGGAUGGGUGAGAUGGGCGGGAUGGGUGAGAUGGGCGGGAUGGGUGAGAUGGGCGGGAUGGGUGAGAUGGGCAAGAUGGGUGAGAUGGGCGGGAUGGGUGAGAUGGGCGGGAUGGGUGAGAUGGGCGGGAUGGGUGAGAUGGGCGGGAUGGGUGAGAUGGGCAGGAUGGGUGAGAUGGGCGGGAUGGGUGAGAUGGGCAAGAUGGGUGAGAGGGGCGGGAUGGGUGAGAUGGGCAAGAUGGGUGAGAUGGGCGGGAUGGGUGAGUUGGGCGGGAUGGGUGACAUGGGCAAGAUGGGUGAGAUGGGCGGGAUGGGUGAGAUGGGCGGGAUGGGUGAGAUGGGCGGGAUGGGUGAGAUGGGCGGGAUGGGUGAGAUGGGCGGGAUGGGUGAGAUGGGCAGGAUGGGUGAGAUGGGCGGGAUGGGUGAGAUGGGCGGGAUGGGUGAGAUGGGCGGGAUGGGUGAGAUGGGCGGGAUGGGUGAGAUGGGCAGGAUGGGUGAGAUGGGCGGGAUGGGUGAGAUGGGCAAGAUGGGUGAGAUGGGCGGGAUGGGUGAGAUGGGCAAGAUGGGUGAGAUGGGCGGGAUGGGUGAGAUGGGCGGGAUGGGUGAGAUGGGCAAGAUGGGUGAGAUGGGCGGGAUGGGUGAGAUGGGCGGGAUGAGUGAGAUGGGCGGGAUGGGUGAGAUGGGCGGGAUGGGUGAGAUGGGCAAGAUGGGUGAGAUGGGCAAGAUGGGUGAGAUGGGCGGGAUGGGUGAGAUGGGCAAGAUGGGUGAGAUGGGCGGGAUGGGUGAGAUGGGCAAGAUGGGUGAGAUGGGCGGGAUGGGUGAGAUGGGCGGGAUGGGUGAGAUGGGCGGGAUGGGUGAGAUGGGCAAGAUGGGUGAGAUGGGCAGGAUGGGUGAGAUGGGCGGGAUGGGUGAGAUGGGCAAGAUGGGUGAGAUGGGCGGGAUGGGUGAGAUGGGCAAGAUGGGUGAGAUGGGCGGGAUGGGUGAGAUGGGCAAGAUGGGUGAGAUGGGCAAGAUGGGUGAGAUGGGCAGGAUGGGUGAGAUGGGCGGGAUGGGUGAGAUGGGCAAGAUGGGUGAGAUGGGCGGGAUGGGUGAGAUGGGCAAGAUGGGUGAGAUGGGCAGGAUGGGUGAGAUGGGCGGGAUGGGUGAGAUGGGCGGGAUGGGUGAGAUGGGCGGGAUGGGUGAGAUGGGCGGGAUGGGUGAGAUGGGCGGGAUGGGUGAGAUGGGCGGGAUGGGUGAGAUGGGCGGGAUGGGUGAGAUGGGCGGGAUGGGUGAGAUGGGCGGGAUGGGCAGGGAAGGGGUUGUUGGCGCCACUGCCAUCGCCAGGUGGCAGGCCCAGGAGUUGCCACGUCAGCUGCUGAAACUCGGUGAUGACUGGGAGGUGGAGGGAGGAGAGGAGGGUGGGCGAGAAAGCGACUGUGCAUCCUAG